AUUCACAUGUUUCUGUUUACAAAAUUGAGCCGCCGAAUCGUGUUAAAUUUCAGAAGUCUUCAAAAGAAACGUACUGAAAUAUUUACAUAAUAUUUAUUUCUUGUAUCUUUAUAGAAUAUGGCUAAUAACUUAAAACUGAGAGUCAUCGGUCUACCGACAGCCAUCACAGACAAACUUGCUAAUCAUAACAUUGUCACGGUUCAAGACUUUUUGACAUUGAAUUUCAUUGAGUUGCAACGGAAAACUGGAUUAACUUACCAAAAAUUGUCAGCCAUUUCAACAGAAGUCAACAACUUUGUGUCACCUAGAGGCAUUCCGGUUAGCCAGUUACUGCAGCCAUCACAUGCAAUUUUUAAUGGUGAACUAGAUGUUUUCCUUAAAGGGGGCAUAACACAUGGUCACAUAACAGAAUUUUCAGGAGCUCCUGGUCUAGGAAAAACUCAACUUUGCCUUCAGCUUGCUUUUUCAAAUACCUUACAUGGUGGUGCAAGUAAUGGUGUUCUAUACAUAGAUACUGAAGGUGCGUUUAAUUCUUCUAGGCUUUUGGAUAUAGCUGUGCAUAAAUAUGGGACAACAACACAAGAGGAAUUGGAAAGCUCUUUGAAUAGAAUCCAUCUGUGGCAUCCCCACAGUCUUAAAGACAUCAUAGACAAGUUAAUCAGUAUAGAAGUGUUUAUUAUCAAAGAGCGCAUCGGUCUUUUAAUAAUUGAUUCUAUGGGUUCGAUUGUCCGACGAGAUUUUGGAGCAGAGAAAAGCGUCGAAAGGGGUACUCAAAUGUGCUCGUUGAGUUCGAGUUUAAAACGAAUAGCACACACCUUUAAUUUGGCUGUGGUUGUAACUAAUCACGUGACUGCUAAAAUGGAAACGUCUAAAGAUUUAAAUGGUGGAUCAACUUCAAUUCCCGCGUUGGGUCCAUCUUGGAGUCAUUGGAUCAACAGUCGGCUUCAUUUGUUUAUUAGCCAAAAUGCACGACGUUUAAUCGUUUCAAAAUCCCCUGAAAUCCCUGAGAUUAUCGUCAAUUAUUGCAUCAGCAAAGGCGGCAUCGAAAUUCAAAGUGGAGGUUGUUCUUAAUCCGCCUUUUAUCUUUCUUUACUACUUUACUACUACUACUUAACUACAAAAUGUUUGCGUAAAAUAUUCGUAGGCGCCUUUGGCACGUUUGUUGAUAAAAAUAUUUUG